AUGAGUGAGGACGAGAACAGAGAAAAACGUUCCUUGACAGACGCAGAAAGCGGACUUUUCAAAAAGCAAAAACUGGACGAUGAAAUGACACUACCGAUUUUAUCCAACGCUUUAGUCUUGGAUAAAACUCAAGAAGACACCAUUAACCAACUUGUUCAAAGUAGUCUAGUCAACGAAACUGCAGAGAAGGCGGAUCCAAAAUUAACAGAGGACACCAAUAAAAGUGCUAUGGAACCAGAAAUUGUGUCAGCAGAUAUCGAGAAACCAGUCACGGCAACAGCAACAGCAGCAGCAGCAACAGCACCCGUGGAAAAGGACAAAUCCGUAACAGUACCAGCAACAGCGACUGAUGAUUUAAAUAUAACCAGUGAACAGUUAUUAUUUGCGCUUACAUCCAUUCCACCGACCGAAGAAGAGAGUUCAGACAUUAGUGCCGCUUUGCGACGACUGAGCAGCCAUAGUGUCCCCGCCUCUGUCAUUGAGCAACUCUCUUCCUCGCCACGUUUACCACAUAUUGGCCACCUGAAUCCCAAUAACAACAAUAAUAAUAAUAAUGAACGAAGAGCCUCGAUGGCCACUGACGUAUCACCAUCCGAAAUGUUGGGAAAUGCAUUAGCGGCUGUAGCAGCCAAUGCUGCUGCUGCCUCUAGAUCCUCGCCAAAACCUUCUCCCGUUUCCAAUACGAGUAGCAAUCAUGCUACCACAGCAGCGAUUGGUAGUUUAGCAGCCAUCACGGCUAAUAUUAGUAAUUUAUUACAUUCUGGUGGAUUUCAUCGAAAUUCGUUUAGUCAGGAAGAUACACAGAAAUUAGCGGCGGCAGUGGCAGUAGCACGAAAUGGAAGUAGUGGUCAUCAACAACAUCAACAACAACAACAGGUUCAAACACAAAGAAGAAAGAGCUCGAUGGCGGUGGUAGGUAAUGCAUUUUCCAACAUGAUUGAAAUGAUGGGACGAAAGCCUGCAAUACCUAAACCGAAACUGAUCAUUAAGAACGAACAAGUAUGGAAAAGCCUGCAAGGGGUUCAUGAGCGGAGUCUUGGAUUUCAAGUGUAUACACCCCAAUUGAUAUUACCACAUUUAGAACGAUGUCUGAAUGGUGUGAUGGAAAUUCGCGUGCCAGCAAGGUAUUUAACGUUUGAGAACAUGCGAGUGAAAAAACGUGCUUUAUGGGGAACCGAUAUUUAUACGGAUGAUUCGGACAUUGUAGCAAUGGCGAUUCAUUCGGGUAAAUAUCAACCACAAUUUAUCGAACCUGAUAUUGGAGCGGAUGAUCCAUUUGCAUUGGCUGUCGCUGGUAAACAGAGAGAAUCGACGGAAGCGGCCAAACGGUUGGCACUUUCAGGUAAAAAAUGGGUGCGUCAUGAUAAUUUAAUACCCGAUCAUGACUUGAAAGUGACAGUACGUGUAUUACCCACUUUAAAAAAUUAUGCAAGUUGUAUUCGAUACCGAUUAAAAUCAAGAGAAUGGGGUAAACAUGAUGGUAUGAGUUUGUAUGUGGACAAGGUUGAAAAAGUCAAGAAGGGAGAGGCUAGAUUAAAAGGUCGUAGUACAAUCAAAUCCAACCUGUUUGCGUAUGAGCCAUAUCGAAAGCAAGCAUUGGGAUUGACUCAAAAGAUAGUCAAACAAGAAGAUAACCUGAUACAGGAAUCCAUGCCACAUUUUCAAAGGGGCAGAGUUAAAAAGUCGCCUAGAGUCAUGCGCAUGUUUAAGGGUGCCAAGCUGCUUUCAUAUUGA